CAGCAUCUGGAAAGAAUUGGAUUUCGAUUCUGUAGUCUACUGUACUAAGGCAGUAGAUUCGUCGUUUUACGAGUGAUAAAGUGAAAUUCCAAGAAAAUAAUGAAGUAAAGAUUAGCAAAUCCAAACAUUAAUUCAACUAAAGCAUUUGGACUUUAUCUUAUGAAUAUCUGAAGUAGGAUGUAAAACAUGAACUACUCAAUUCCUUGAACUGAUCUAUUAGACUGUUUUAUAUUGCUAAACUUCUUACAGCGGCUGGUAAAUGGCAGAUAAAUUCCAAAUACAAACUUUGUGCGCAAAUACUUAAAAAACAAUUUAUUUGUCUCAAAUGCAAAUUAAGUUUUUAAUUUGAAAAACAUUUCAUACAAUUAUAACAGUUUGGGAUGCUAUCGCCGUUUUUAUAAUUAUCACCAGCCUAUCAGUACAUUAUUUUUAAUAGAAUAAAUCAGCGAAUUGAGAAACAUUAAUCAAAAUUACAUAAAAAAAUUAAACAGUGACGCUUCAUAUCGUUUUUAAAUAUUCUCCUAAACUAUUUAGGCAUACUUUUUAUUCAAACAUAAAUUCCAUAUUCUAAAAGGUACUCUAUAUAUAGACUUGAAAAUAUACACACACUCUCAUAGAAAUAUUUUUCUGACUUAAAUUCAUACUAAAAUAAAAUAAUAUGCAUCGUCGCAUAUAUGCUUCGUAGUUCUAGUUAAUAUAAUAGCUAAGUGUUUAUCUGUUAAGCUAAUAAUUUAAGGAAUAAAAAAAAAUCAAAAAUCAUUAAUUAUUUUGUAAGCUUUAAAACCUAUUUAAAGUAUUGCAGCAAUCCAUCUUAAAUACUUCAAGAGUUAUCGAUAUUUUUUCCAGAAUUAUUUUUUAUUUUGAGUUUCAAGUAGUUAGCACUCUACGGAAAAGAUUAAUUUUGCCUUGGAAUGUCUUAAUCGGGUUCCUUCUCUUGAAUGUGUUCCUUUCUUUAAAAUUCCAGCAAGAUUUACAUAAAUCAUAUUUUGAAUUGCAAUAGACAAAAAAGAUAUUUUUAAAAAUUUGCAAACAGUUUACUAUCUGUGUAUUUUAAUUUAUUAGUUACAUAUUAACUUGCAGAUUAAUAUCUGCAUUUAUUAUCUGUAUAAUACAUGUAUUUAAGUAGGUAGACUCAAUUUCAGUUCCAACUAAGUUCUCAGUUUGUUAGUUAUUAAUUUCUCUGAAAGAGAUAUAAAAGAGUGGUUUUAAAUGUUUUAAUGAAAUAACCAACUUUGAUUCAUUUAAACAAAACUAAUAUAUACGGAAUUUUAGAAUUACUGUAAUAUUAUUUCUCGCGCAUUGAUUUUAAAGUUAUAUUCUUUUAUUUGGAGUUCAUUUUAUUUCUCGAAACGAUAGCUGAAUACAUUGUUAAAUCUUGUAAGUUGACAUAAAAUUAUUUUCUUCUGUUUUCUGAAAGGUGUUACAUAUUUUUUUUUAUUUACUGAAAUUUUAUCAAAGGGUAUUGCAUAAUUUCACAAUUUAUUAUAUGAACAUAUUGCUGUAGAUAAUUAACUAUACUACUGUAAAGAUAGCCUUUAUUCGCUAAGCAAUGUCUAAAAGUGAAUUUUGUAAAAAUUUAUCUUUAAAACUUGUAUUUUUUUAAAUAUUCAUUGAGGUUUUGCACAUUUCAGAGAUUGCUAAUUUGUAAAUUAGUACUAUAAAGAUUCUGUUUGUAAUUUGUUUAUAAUAAUUGUUCGUCUUUGAAUUCCUCCCUACACAGAAAAGCAUUUUAAAAUUUUUCAUUGCUAGCAUAAAAUUAAUCCGUGUAGCUGUAGUUUAAUUAUCUGACACUCACUGAUUUAAAAUUAAUACAUCUGUUGCUUGCUAAUUACCUCAUUCUGCUUUUAUCUUAACAGCUCUUUUAUCUACUGUGCGCGUUUCUAAUAACCGAACAUUUCUACGAGUGUAGCGUUUUUAUUUUUUGCUAUUUAGCCAUACAGGUCCACUUGUUUGCUAACGAAAGUUUAAUUUAAUAAAAUCCGCGUUUUAUGUAGGUAUUAAAACUAUUUUAACAUGUAAAUUGAUUUCUUUCUUCGUAUUUCAAAUUAUAUCUUUUAAACUAGCAUUUUGUCUAAAUUAGUAUUCUGUUUCGCUUCCUCAUCAUUUAUUAAUAACCAUAUAGCCUUAAAUGCAAUUUUAAUUUUAUAGUAAUUAUAAUAUUUUUAUAGUAAUGCAAAUUUAAAUAUUUAAAACCUUUUAAUUCUAGACAUAAUUAUAUAUCCUUAUUGCAAACAGAUUAUAUUCCGGAAAUGUGCACUAAAUGAAUAAAGAUAUAUAUUUUAUAUUUUUAAAAUCCUAUCGUUCCGAGAGAAAAAUUUCUAUUUUCUAAAGUGUUAUGAAAUAAAUUUAUCUUUUUUGUAUUUAAUACUUUAUUUGAAGUGAGUUUACAUGAAUCAAAUAGUUUGUGUAUUUCAAGCACUGCAUCAUAAUUUAAUAAACACUUAUUGAUACACAGUUUUUCAAACAAGAAAAAAAAAUAAUUCUUUUGUUACUCAUCAUUUAUGAUCAUUUGAUACAAAAUUCAUAAUCCAAAUUUAAAUUUCAAUGCCUGUCAAAAAUUUGUGAUCAAAUUUAGACCAAAGAUAAAGAAUUGUACCAGACAAAAAAAAUCUGUGUGUGCCCAUAAACUUCUGAAGCAUUGCCUCUGUCAGAGCAUCGCCAAUUAGUAUCCGAAAUGGAAAACAUAUCGAGCGAAGAAGCUGUUGUAAUUUAUGAAUCUCAGUUAGAUGGCUUGAAUUCCACAUCAAAUACGACGCAUAUGGAUUGCUCCAAUGAGUACUGUGUCUCAGAUGAAGACUACCUUGCCAUGAUAGAGGAGUACAUAUACCCAUCGUCUGCAGAGUGGAUACUCAUUUCCCUUCACGUAACAGUAUUCCUUGUUGGCUUGGUGGGCAAUGCCCUCGUCUGCGUGUCAGUGUACCGUAAUCACAGCAUGAGAACAGUGACAAAUUACUUUAUUGUAAACCUGGCAGUCGCUGAUUUUCUGGUCAUCCUGGUAUGUUUGCCACCAACCGUGCUAUGGGACGUCACCAAGACUUGGUUUUUCGGGAGUAUCACCUGCAAGCUUGUUCUUUAUCUUCAGAAUAUCUCUGUCAGCGUAUCAGUUCUCACUCUAACAUUUAUAUCUGUCGAUCGGUGGUACGCCAUCUGUCAUCCUCUCAGUUUCAAAAGUACUGCCGCCAGAGCCAAAACUUCAAUCUUCAUUAUCUGGUUUAUCUCCAUCUUCAUCGCUCUUCCCGAAGCUAUAGUCCUUGACACAAAGAAACACCCUCUACCAGUGGACACACUGUACUUAACGGACUGUACUCAUACCUGGAGUGAAAGCAGUACCCGCAUAUACCAGCUGUUCCUUAUCCUAGUACUAUACGUGGCACCAUUUACUUUGAUGGCUUUCACCUACUACCAGAUAACAAGAGUUCUUUGGAAUAAAAACAUUCCUGGAUCAACAGAGACUAGUCAUCAGGCGGGGCGCCCUUGUGCUAACAAGAUUGGUGGUAGAACUGGUGCAAUGAGAUCAAGUUCUAGCUGUGAGGGUCAAAUCAGAUCAAGGCGCAAGGCUUCUAAAAUGCUGAUGGCAGUUGUAGUCAUGUUCAGCUUGUGUUAUCUACCUGUUCAUCUAAUAAAUGUUUUAAGAUAUACUGUGGGUCUCCCUCAAACCCCAGCCACAACUGUCGCAUCUCUCAUCUCGCACUGGCUCUGCUAUGCCAACAGCGCUGUCAAUCCAAUUAUUUACAACAUCAUGAAUGGUAAAAGUUUAUUUUUCAUAGAUUUUCAUUCGUUUGCUUUCUCAUGA